AUGCCGCAGAUACCGGACUGCAACACGGGCGAUCGCGGGAACCAAUCGCCGGGCGGAUACCGGAUCAGGCCAGUCGUUGCCCGGGGUCCAUCCGUCCUUGGAGUCACCGGCGGCCGGCGUCUGGGUCGAGUCAGGCCCGGGCUGCCCAUCUCCCGGAGACGAGAACGGGCCACCAUUGGCUCCGGUCGGGGAAGAGGCCUCACCUGGGCUUCAGCGGGAGUUUUCCUCACUGGCACCGUGACUGCUCCCGCAGUUUCCGGUCAGUGGCACCGGAGUUCCCUGCGAGUCAACAUCCGGGCCCGGGUCGGGGAACUUGACAUCCGUCCCUUCGAUCGUGAGGCAGCCGGUACCAAUAUUGGCUACAAACAGCCCCGGCCGGCCGGCAAAGGCCACCUUCUUCUCCUUACCACUGCCACUGCCACUGCCGGCCGUGCCGUCUAUCAAAAAGCCGGCAUUGUGUUUGACAACAAUAUCUGCACCCCCUACCUCAGAGAGCAAAAUCCCCAAGGCCCCGGAAUUGCUCCGCGUGUCAGAUUCCACGAAGGCAGUAUCAACUCCGGAUUGCAGGUCAAGCACUCUCUGCCUCGCUUUGAGGACAACAGGCUCGGGAUCCGCAGCGGGCUAGGCGAAUCUCUCGAGGCCUUCCACAAUGACCAGUCCGCGUACGCUCCGCCGGGGUCGUACGCAGCUCGGAGCAGCAUCCCGGGCGAGGAGAUCCCCAUCAGCUGCACCACCACCACCGCCCUCACCGGCAGAGACGACCAGUCCUACCAGUUCGACGUCGACGUCGGGCUCAAGCUCAGCGGCAACCGGCCGCACGAGCCCACGGGGCCGCCCCUGAAAGUGCCUCUGAAGACGCCCGAGGCCGGCGUCGUCCCGCAGCCGGACGAAGAGGUCAUGAUGCCGAACGGCACCCAUUACAAGGUUGAUGAUCCGAGCUCGAUCUCGGCGGAAUGA